AUGGCUGGAGUUUCUUUCCUGCGGUCCCCUCGUCUCUUCGUGCGGCGUUUUGACUUUCUAGCAUUUGUCUUGCAAACGACUGCUAUCCACAGUGCGCCGCAUGAAGUGAAGAUUACCGUUUGCGACUCAGUAUUAGAUCGAGCCAGCUGUUCGUGCAAAGGAGGAAACUACAAGUGCAAACACAUUGUAGCUGUACUGCUGCAUAUAAAUGAUGCCAAGACUUUUGACAAGCUGUCACCAACUGACCAGCCACAGAAGUGGGGCAAGGAGCACAAAGAGCGUGUAAAACAAAAGUAUGAGCCAAGAGCUAUAGUCGACCUUCCAUGUGCAAAAAAGGCAAAAAUCAAAAAGACCCCCCAGCUGGAAGGCAACGUACUUGAAAGACUUCUGCAGAAUGUGAGCCAUCGAUCUGCAGCAAAAAUGCACUUAGAAAGAGAUACUCAAUUAGAAACAGAAUCCACGUUGGACCCAGCUGUAGAAGCAGGAUGUUCCACUUCUGAGCCAGCACUUAAAGACUUAACACUCAUUGGUUCUGUGAAGGAGUUAAGGAGUGUUCUUGGGAUCAGCAGUGAAGUGACACCAGAAAUGCUGCUUCAACGCUUACAGGAAAGCAAGAGUCGUGAAGACAUUAUAAUGAUUGAAAGGUUAACAAAAGAUCAGGCAAAAUCUAGUCUCUGGAUGCGCCACAGGGUAGGCAUGAUCACAGCUUCUAUUGCCUACAGCAUAUUUACCCGUGUAAAGACAUUAAGGACAAAGAUGGGCCCACAUGAUCUGAGACCCUUGAUAAAAAAAGUGAUGAGGCAGAAUAAUGACCAUACAGCAACAAUGUGUCGUGGCAGCACACUAGAAGGCAGUGCAAGGAAAUGCUACCAAAGCCAGCGAGCCAGUCAUGAGAACUUGGUUGUCAGGCAGUGUGGACUUUUCAUUAUGGAAGGCCGCCCUUACACGGGUGCAAGUCCAGAUGGACUAGUAAAGUGCAACUGUUGUCCUGAGCGGGUACUGGAAAUCAAAUGCCCCGAGUCCAUGAAAAAAUUCUUGGAAGAGAAUAUGGAGAAGAACAAAGAAAUAGUUUUGACUCAAUACCUAAAGCGUGCAACCACAUAUUUUUGCCAAGUGCAGGUGCAAAUGGGCAUCACAGGGGUUCCGCAUGUAGAUUUGUUUGUAUUUUUCAAUGAGCAAGACAAUAUUUGCAUUACAGUGCCAUUUGAUGAGGCCUAUUUCAGUGAUGUAGUUGAAAGGUCUUCCUAUUUUUUGAGCAGUACAUACUGCCACAUGUUCUUUCUACAUGAAAUGCUUUGCUUCUGUUGCACAUGCAAUUUUUAAUGCACUGCGUGUAACCAAACUGCA